CGCCCCAACGACCAAGCGCAAGAUGGCGGCGCCCAGCGGACUGUGGCGAGGAGGCGCCGGCGCCGCCGCCCGGUGGGCCGCGCUGCUCCUGCUCCUGGCGGUCAUGGCGCUGAGGCCGGCCCGGGCCGCGCCCGAGCCCGUGAGCGUGGCGUUCGACGUGCGGCCCGGCGGCGUCGUGCACUCCUUCUCCGAGGACGCGGGCCCGGGGAACAAAUAUACUUGCAAGUUUACCUACGCUUCUCAAGGCGGAACCAACGAAAGGUGGGAGAUGAGUCUGGCAACCAGUGAAGAUAACCAGUACUUUACCUGCACCAUCUGGAGGCCCCAGGGUAAAUCCUACCUCUACUUCACGCAAUUCGAGGCUGAGGUGCAGGGCGCCAAGAUCGAGUCCGCCAUGGCCUAUUCUAAAGCCGGCACUGAGGGCGAGAGUGACAUUCCCUUAAAAAGUGAAGAGUUUGAAGUUAGCCAAACAACAGUGGCCCACAGGCCCGGUGCCUUCCGGGCUGAGCUAUCCAAGCUGGUCAUCGUGGCCCGGACAUCGCACAGCGAACUGUGACCAGGACCCUGAGAAGGGAGAAGCUGGGGUCCCCAGGGUUUUGAACUGGCUGCAUGGGGGUGCUGAGCCCUUCUGCCUUUGGAGCCUCAGAAACCUGCUC